GGGGUAGUCGCGCGCUCGGCGCGCCGCGUUCGCCUCAGCGGCCGCCCCACGGAGCUCGCAGCUCGCACGGCCGCCUCCUCCGCCUCCUCCUCCUCCUCCCGCUGAGAGAACCCAACACCCCCCCCCCAGCCUCCUCCCUCGAGUCUUCUUCACGCGCGCGCAGCCUUUAACGACAACUACAACAACUUACCGCUACAGCAGCCGCGAGGGAAGGAGGGGAUAUAACUGCGUGCGCCGCUGUGGUGGUGGUAGUAGUGGUGGUGGUAGUGGUGGUAGUAGUGGUGGUAGUGGCUGUGGUAGUAGUGGUGGUAGUAGUGGUAGUAGUGGUGGUAGUGGCUGUGGUAGUAGUGGUAGUAGUAGUGGUGGUAGUGGUGGGUUGUUGCGUGGGUGGCUGCCUCGAGGUGUGGGUGUGUUGCGAGUGCGGCAGGGAGUAAAGUGCACGCGGGCUCAGGCAGCAGACGGUGAAGGCGGAGAGAGGGCGCCUACCGUCGCUGGGCACUGUCCCCGUGGUUGUUAGCAGUCGUGGUUUGGUUAGUUAGUUGUUGUUUGGUGGUGGUAGUGGUGGUGGUAGUAUCGCUGUGUUGUGUUAGCGCUGUAGAUGUGUUGUUGGCAGCCCGUGGCACUUCGGCCGCGUUAGCUCCGGGUGCGCCCCGGCACGGUAGUGAAGCGCCACGGCCGAGCUGGACGAUUAUUGACGCCGACUUGCGGGUAGUAGUGGCGGUGGAUCUGAUACGAGAGAGACAGAGAGAGACAGACGGAGAGACACAGAGACAGACAGAGACAGAGAGGUAGGCGCUGAAAUACUCAGCACGGCCGCGGUAGCAGCCACAGGUAGCAACACGACGCACGAGCUACUGUACACGCUACUGUAUGGAACUCUGCGUUAGGUAUUAAAAAGUAACGCAGAAACACUUUCGCAGCAGUAACAUUAACUAUCACACGCAGCGGUAGUUAGCGAUUAGUACACACACACACGCGCACACACGCACACAACGGCGGUAUCUUUUUUUUUUUAAAGCCGGAGAAUGUUUUGUCGGUGAGUUACAACUCUCCACUGUACAAGUAACACGCAGCGAUAACUUAACACGCCACGCGCGCCGUAAUAACACACAACACUGCUGAGCAAGUGCCGGGGGCUGGUGCAGGUAGGGUCGGAUAUCGAGCAUUCGGCUGGCAUCGGAGUAUUGUAGAGCAGCGAGCGUGGUACAUAGGGCAGAGUGUCGGGUCGAGUUGGUUGAGCGGUCGGUCGGUGCCGUAGGGGUUUUGGAGGUUACUGGGCGGCAUGGGUCCCCUGCUGUUACCUUUGCUGCUGCUGCUGCUGAGCCCCCGCUGCUCUCUGCUGCUCUUCGCCAUGGAGGCCGCCGCCGCUGCCGCCGCUGCCGCCCCCCCCGCUGCGGCUGCCCCCUGCCCCGGGCCGUGCCGCUGCGACAGCGCCGAGCCGGCAGGGCAGGUCCGCCUCGACUGCUCCGGGCUGGGACUCACGGCCUUGCCCUCGUCAGUGGCGCAGGAUGCGGUCUACCUGGAUCUCAGCAUGAACAAUCUGACCGACAUCCCCGCUGGUGCCUUUCAGCAGCUGAAGUUACUGGAGGAACUGCACCUGGCUGGAAAUGACCUCUCCCACCUGGCAGCUGGGACCUUCCUGGGCUUGGAAAAGCUGCGUGUUCUGAUGCUGCAGAAUAAUCAGCUGAAGAUGUUCCCCACGGAAGCCCUGCGUGAUUUGCCCUCUCUCCAGUCGCUGCGCCUGGAUGCAAACCACAUCUCGGAGCUGCCGGAGGUCGGCCUGGAGGAGCUGCGCCAGCUGCGCCACCUGUGGCUCGACGACAACGCGCUGACGGCCAUCCCCGUGACACCGCUCAGCCGCCUGCCCUCGCUGCUGGCGCUCACGCUCGCCAUGAACCACAUCACGGCCGUGCCCGAGCGUGCCUUCGCAAACCUCACCAGCCUCGUCGUGCUACACCUUCACAACAACAAGAUUCAGAGCUUGGAUCCACACUGCUUUGAAGGACUUGAUAACCUUGAGACCCUAGAUUUAAACUACAACCUCUUGAAGGAAUUUCCGUCUGCCAUUCAGUCCCUUGGAAACCUCAAGGAGCUCGGAAUUCACAGCAAUAACAUUGAAGUGAUACCUGAAGGUGCCUUUGGAAGCAACCCACUCAUACGUAUCAUACACCUGUACGACAACCCCCUGCGUGUGGUCGGCAGAACGACGUUCCAACACCUUCCCGAGCUGCAGACCUUAUUUCUCCGUGGUGUGAGCGACAUGAACACCUUCCCGAACUUGACCGGAACCACCAACCUCGAGAGCCUGACACUGACUGGGAGCAGAAUCACCCGUCUUCCCGGUGACAUCUGUCAGGCCUUGGGGCAACUGCGAGUCCUGGAUCUCUCCUACAAUGAGAUAACUGAACUUCCAGAGCUGCACGACUGCAGAGGUCUGGAGGAAAUCUCCUUUCAACACAACAUGCUGGCUGAUAUUACAAACCAAACGUUCUGGGGCCUGUCUUCCCUUCGAAGCCUGGACCUGAGUGAAAACCAGAUCGAGAGCAUUCACAAGACAGCGUUUAAGUCCCUCGCUUCUCUCACUAAACUAGACCUGAGCUCCAACCAGCUGAAUUCCCUCCCUUCCUCGGGGCUCCAGGAGCUCACGGAGCUGAGGGUGGCUGGAAACCAAGCCCUCAUGCUUUUCCCCGUCAAGUCCGAGUUUCCCAAGCUUAGGACUCUGGUGGCCGCUUAUGCGUACCAGUGCUGUGCGUUCGCCGACUGCGCGGACGAGAGCCAGGACUGGAUCGGCAAUGCCGGCAACAUCCAGAAGCGCGAAGCCGGCAGCCAGACGGAGGCUGGAGAUCCAGAAGUUGAUGAGAAUGAAGAUUCUGAUGUCCACCCGAGCGUUCAUUGUACCCCAGAGCCUGGCGCCUUCAAGCCCUGUUCCAGCCUCAUCGGGAACUGGCUGCUCCGCCUAGGCGUCUGGCUCAUUUUUCUGCUCGCCGUCGGCGCCAACUCCAUCGUGGCCGUCACCACGUUCUGCUCACCGGGCCACCUGUCGGCGCCGCGCCUUCUCAUCGGCUGCCUGGCCAUCGCCAACCUCCUGCUGGGCCUGCACUCGGGCGCCGUGGCCCUGACGGACGCCGCCACCCUUGGCUCGUUCGGUCAGCGCGGCGCGGCCUGGGAGGCCGGCGGCGGCUGCCGAGCGGCGGGCUUCCUCGCCGUCUUCGGCCUGGAGGCGGGCGUGCUGGUGCUGGCGCUGCUGUCGGCCGAGCGCUGCGCCUUCGUGCGCCGCCCGGCCGAGCGCUGCGUGCAGCAGACGCUCCUGCGCGGCGCGGCGGGCAAGCCCGCUCGCCGGGCCGGCGCCCGCGUCGCGGUGGCCGUCGCGGCGGCGGUCGCCGCCGUCGCCGCUUCCCUGCCCCUGCUGGGCGUGGGCGGCUACGGCGCGUCGCCGCUCUGCCUGCCCUUCCCCGGCGGGCGCGCGGCAACGCCGCUCGCCUACACCGCCUCGCUCGUGCUGCUCAACUCGCUGCUCUUCCUCGCCAUGACGGUGGGCUACACGCGCCUCUACUGCCGGGCGCGGCGCGAGGACCUCUCCGACACGCAGGAGAGCGCCACCACGCGGCACGCCGCCUGGCUCAUCUUCGCCAACUGCCUGCUCUACUGCCCCGUGGCGUUCGUCAGCUUCGCCAGCGUGCUCGGCCUCGGCGCGCCCGCCAGCCCGCAGGCCGUCAAGUCCGUGCUGCUGCUGCUGCUGCCGCUGCCCGCGUGCCUCAACCCGCUGCUGUACGCGCUCUUCCACCCGCGCUUCAAGCACGACGUGCUGGCGCUCGAGGAGCGCGCGAAGCAGCGGGUGCGCGCCUCCCGCCUCGCCCGCCGCCCGUCGUCCGGCGCGGGCUCCGCGUGCGACGACGGGGACGGCGGCGACCGGGGGGGCGGCGGCGGCGUGGGGGUGGGGCCGGGCGACGACGACGACGACGGAGCCGCGGGCGACGAGCCGCGCAGCCCCAUGCUGCCGCCGCCGCCGCCGCCGUCGGAGCGCGGCGCCCGCACCGCCUUGAUGCUGGCGGAGAGGGGCCGGUCGACGGGGGUCACGGCGGCCGGAGCAGGGGCGGCCGCGCUGGGCUGCGGCGCAGAGGGCGGCGCGGCGGCGCCGGGCGGCGGCGGCGGCUGCGCGGACGCGGGCCACAGGCACAGCGACUGCCCCAGCGAGGACGACUCGUUUGUGUCGGACAACUCGGAGCAGCUGCAGGAGUGCUCGCGCUCCUGCUUCAGCCAGGGCCGAGGGCUGCCCCUCGUGUCGCAGUUGUAA